AUGAUAGCUAAAGCGUAUACAGAUUAUUUUCAUAGAGUAUUAAAUAAAGAUUUAGCAUUAUAUAUUCUACAAUAUUUUGAUCAGACAAGAAAUUUUUCUUCAAAUUAUCGUCUAGUUAAUUGUCUCGUUCAUAUUGUGACACUGUUAAUUCAUCAUCCAGAUAUUUCUAAAUAUCAGUACAAAGGCACAUGUUAUCGUGGGAUGAGAAUAACAGAAAAUGAUCUAAAUCCGUAUCAAUUAAACCAACAUAUAUUAAAUUGGUCGUUUUUAUCUACAUCAAUUGAACAUAAAGUGGCCAAAAUGUUUGCUGGUGAAGGUCAACAAUCUUAA